AUGCCAAAGGAUUGGAUGGAUCUACCGAGGUAUAGCGAAGAGUAUAUCAAUGAUGUUAUUAGUUUCUUAGAGUUUGCAUACUUUGAGGGAGAACCGGACGGACAACAAAUUCAAUGUCCUUGUAAGAGGUGUUGUAACAUUGAGUGGUAUAGAAGAGAUGUGGUAUUUGACCAUUUAGUAGCCGACGGAUUUGUUAAGGGAUAUAGAACAUGGAUUAAUCACGGGGAAUGGACAAUCCCGAUGGUGGUUGAUGAUGACACGGAUGAUGAAGGUGCACGCGAUGACAUCGAAGGACUGCUUAAUGAUGCAUUUGGAGAUCAUGCUGAGGGUGUUACUGUAGGUCCCAAUAAAGAGGCUAAAAAGUUUUAUAAUUUAAUAGAUGGGGCAAGUCAAGAGUUAUACCCGGGCUGCAAGAAAUUUUCUACAUUAUCUUUUACCAUAUGCCUGUACUUGUUAAAGUGUUUGCACGGUUGGAGUAAUGCCUCCUUCACUUCCCUUCUUGAGCUAUUGAAAGAGGCCAUGCUUGAAAUUAACAUACCUCCAUCUUUCCAUAACACGAAGGCUAUGAUAAGAGAUUUAGGUCUGGAUUAUAAAAAACGUGAUGCUUGUCCUAAUGAUUGCCUCCUAUAUAGGAAAGAACUAAAGGAUGAAACACAAUGUUGUGUAUGUGGAACAUCUCGAUAUACUGAAAAUUCUAGUGAUAAUAGCGAGAACCAACCUCACAAGAAUGGUCGUCCUAUUCCUGCAAAGACUCUAAGAUACUUUCCUAUAAUUCCAAGACUUCAGAGAUUAUUUAUGUGCUCAAAAACGGCAGCUAGUCUGAGGUGGCAUGAUGAGGAGCGCGUUAAAGAUGGGACGUUAAAGCAUCCUACUGAUGGACUGGCAUGGAAGAACUUUGAUGAAAUGAAUGAAGAUUUUGCAAAAGAAUCACGCAAUAUUAGACUAGGCUUGUCAAGUGAUGGGUUCAACCCGUUUCGUAGCAUGAAUAUUUCAUGGAGCACGUGGCCCGUAAUGUUGAUGGUAUACAACUUGCCUCCGUGGAUGUGCAUGAAACCUGAAUAUUGUAUGCUUUCUUUGCUUAUCCCUGGGCCACAAUCACCUGGAAAAGAUAUUGACGUGUAUCUACAACCAUUGAUGGAAGACUUGAAGUUGUUGUAG